AUGUCUGAUCUCUCCACCGCCCUCUUGUUUAGUCUGUUUGGAGUCACAGAAGGGAGAGAGACUCUUAACGCUGCAGAACUGAGUUAGUCUUUCAUUGUUGUAGGAGUCAAACAGCUGAUUUAUCAUGUGGGAAUCAUGUCUUCUGAGGCAGGCAGUGCUGGAACUUCAGACUGAAGAGUGUGAGAGAGCUUCAACAAGCUCAUAAGAAGUAACUCAAUCUGAUUAAAGCAGACAUGAGUGACACAGUAGAGAACCUGGACACCAGGGACCUGGGGUUCUCAGAUGCUGAGGAUGAACCUGAAGAGGUGGACAGCGAGUUCAACCCCUCAGGGGUAUCCUGUAUCCCAUUCUCUGCCGUGUACAGGACAGUUGGCUUUAAAGAGACAGAAGCACUUGUCUAUCUGAGUGCUGCCCCCAUCACUGCCAAGGUCCUAGAUGUGGAACGCUUCACCAAGACCCAAGAACGUUUCAACAUGUCCAAACACAGGAGCGUGUCUAAGGCAAUGGCAGCCGUUUUUAAGAUAGAGCUCAAACAUGAGAACUUCACCUGGAUAGUCAAGAGAAAAGAGAAGCACUUCAUGGAGCUGCAUAGAGAGCUUCUGCGAUACAAGACCCUCAUGAGGAUCCCGCUUCCCACCCGAAGCCAUACAGAGAGAAGAAAGAGCAUAAAGAGGAGCGAGGUGAGGCAGAUGCCUUCACUGCCUCGGGGAGGUGGAGAUGAGAUGGCACGAGAGGAGCAAGUGUCUAGUCGGAGAAAACAACUGGAAGACUACCUAAACAAGCUGCUGAAGAUGGCAAUGUACCGAAAAUACUACGCAACCAUGGAGUUUAUUGAUGUGAGCCAGUUGUCCUUCAUUCAGGACUUGGGCCCCAAAGGCUUAGAAGGCAUUGUUUAUAAAAGGUCAGGAGGUCACCGUAUCCCAGGCAUGAACUGCUGUGGCCACAAUGAAGUCUGCUACCGCUGGUCUAAGAGGUGGCUUGUUGUGAAGGACUCUUUUCUGCUGUACAUGAAGCCAGACACGGGUGCCAUUUCAUUUGUCCUGCUGGUGGACAAUGAGUUCACUAUCAAAGUGGACUCCAAAUACACAGAGACCAAGCAUGGAGUGAGCAUAGAGAACUUGUCCAGGAAACUAGUUCUGAAAUUCACUAGUUACAGACAUGCACAGUGGUGGGGUCAGGCCAUUGAAAGCUUUGUCCGGAAACAUGGCAAGGCCUUUUUAAGGACCCACCGCUUUGGAUCUUUUGCCAGGGAAGAGGAGAACAUACCCUCUAAAUGGUAUGUGAAUGGCAAAACCUACAUGGAGGAUGUCGCAAAUGCGCUGGAGGAGGCCAAAGAGGAGAUCUUCAUCACAGACUGGUGGCUGAGCCCUGAGAUCUUUCUGAAGAGGCCUGUAGUGGAAGGCAAUCGCUGGAGGCUCGACUGCACUUUGAAACGCAAGGCUCAACAAGGGGUGCGGAUCUUUGUUAUGCUGUAUAAGGAAUUGGAGUUGGCGCUCGGCAUCAACAGUGAAUACAGCAAAAGAACACUAAUGCGCCUUCACCCAAAUAUUAAAGUGAUGAGGCACCCUGAUCAUGUGUCCUCCUCUGUCUACUUAUGGGCUCACCACGAGAAGAUUGUAGUCAUCGACCAAUCCGUUGCUUUCGUUGGGGGAAUUGACCUUGCGUAUGGCCGCUGGGAUGACUGUGAGCACCGACUGACAGAUGUGGGAAGUGUAACACGCUCUGUUGCUCAGGCCAUGGAGCAGGGACUGGAUUCACCCACACCCAGGAAAAAAGUGUCCACCAGUGGAAACAGCAGCCGGUUGAUGGUCGGUGACUCAGUGGAGCUGCCCACAGUAAAAGGCAUUGGCCGCACUCGCAAAACACGUUUCAUUCUGUACCAUCACAUCCAACGUGGCCUUCGCCAUGCUGACAGCAUCAGUAGCAUCGACAGCACAAACAAGAGUGGCUCAUUGCACAGUCUUCAGACAGGAGUGGGAGAGCUGAUGGGAAACACUCGCUUCUGGCACGGCAAAGACUACUGCAACUUUGUGUACAAAGACUGGGUUCAGCUUGACAAGCCUUUUGAUGAUUUUAUUGACAGGUACACAACCCCCAGAAUGCCCUGGCAUGAUAUCUCCUCAGUGGUGCAUGGGAAGGCAGCCAGAGAUGUGGCCAGGCACUUUAUACAACGCUGGAACUUCACCAAAAUGAUGAAGCCAAAGUACAGGUCACUCUCCUACCCAUUUCUCCUACCCAAAUCUCACAGCACAGCCAAUGAUCUAAAGUACCAAGUGCCAGACUGUGUCCAGACCAAAGUCCAGGUUCUGCGGUCAGCUGCAGACUGGUCGGCGGGAAUCAAGCACCACGAGGAGUCCAUUCAUAAUGCCUAUAUUCAGGUCAUUGCCAAGAGCAAGCACUUCAUCUACAUUGAGAACCAGUUCUUCAUCAGCUGUGCCGAUAACAAACAUGUUUACAACAAGAUUGGUGAUGCCAUUAUUGAGCGAAUCAUCAGAGCUCACAAGGAGAAGAAGUUGUUCCGUGUGUAUGUGGUGACUCCCCUGCUGCCUGGAUUCGAGGGAGACAUUUCCACAGGAGGAGGAAAUGCACUCCAGGCUGUUAUGCAUUUUAACUACAGGACCAUGAAUAGAGGAGAGUACUCCAUUAUUGCUCAACUGAAGAAAGAAAUGGAUGACCAAUGGAUGAACUACAUCUCUAUUUGUGGACUGAGGACUCAUGCAGAGCUGGAGGGCAGACUUGUGACUGAACUCAUCUAUGUUCAUAGCAAGUUGCUCAUUGCUGAUGACAACACUGUCAUUAUUGGCUCUGCCAACAUCAACGACCGCAGCAUGUUGGGGAAGAGGGACAGCGAGGUAGCUGUGAUUUUUGAAGAUUCAGAAACAACGCCAUCAGUGAUGGAUGGUCAAGAGUACCAGGCUGGCAAGUUUGCUCUGCAGCUCAGACUGGAGUGCUUCAAAACCAUUCUUGGUGCCUUCAACGAUCCAACCAUUGAUGUUAGUGAUCCCAUCAGCAACGGAUUCUACAAAGACGUCUGGAUGAGCAUCUCGGGUAGGAACGCAACCAUCUAUGAGAAGGUUUUCCGCUGUCUGCCCUCAGGUCUGGUGAGGAACAAACAGGAGCUCAUGAGCUUCCAGUCUAAACCAGGUCUUGAUAAAGAGAACCCUGUUAAAGCUCAGGAGCUUCUGAAGAAGAUAAGGGGCUCCCUGGUCCAGUUCCCACUGGAGUUCCUCUGUGAGGAGAACCUCAUGCCCUCGGUAGGCACCAAAGAAGGCAUGGUGCCCACUGAGCUCUGGACCUGAUGGCACCAAAUGAGAAGCACAGAAAAGACAAUCCACUUCCAGCAUGAGAAGAAAAACUAAGACACCAUUGUGGUGGACGAAACUUCAGUUGUGAAAGACAGGAAAGAGGCAAAGGAUAUUUAGACAAGUCAUCUGUCCCUCAUCAGACAACUUCCUAUUGUUUUGUACCUUUUAUCAAUGUUAUAAAUGUACAUAAUGAUAUUUUAUAAGUAAUUAUCAGCACAUAUUGUGUUUUUUCUAUGGUGUAUGUAUUUAAUUAAAAUUGCCUCUCUGAAAUGCCAAACAGAAGGGCUUUUUAAAUAAAUUUUAUAAUUCUAAUGUACAUAUAAAGAGGAUUUGAUUUUUAUUGCUAUAGCUGGUUCAUUUGUAGAGGCAGCACUUAAAGUGAAGGGCAAAAUGGAGAGUGGAAGGCCUGUCAGAUAUAAUUUUGUCACUGAGACCCAUUCUUUAGCACGGCAUCCCCAGUGGAAGCGCAUCCGUGACAGGCUGAGUACAGUGAGAUGUGUUUUCUGUCUGGUGAACCUGCUCUUAGACCGAGUCUGCAGAGGCUUUUACUGUCCAGCCUCGCAGCGUGUGUCUAAGUGUCAGUGCUCUGGGGAGACCAGACAAUCUGUCUGAGAAUUAAAGUGCUGAGUAACUGAAAGAAAUUGUUGCCUCUCAACACCAACCAGCGACGUGUAGUGUACAACCUUACAUUUUCCUCUUCACAAACGUGGCACAGGCCGGUUUUCACAAGUUUUCACAAUGUCACUUGGUGUUUGAAUAUCAGCAGGUCAGCCAUUUUCUGCAGUUUCCCACUUGCUGAGAUUUUUAUGUUUUUAGUUCUUGUGAUUUUAUCUGUUCUCUUUUCCCCUGAAAUAAAAGUAAUGUAUGGGAAUGCACUACUAUUUAAAGUUUGGGGUCAGAUUUUUUUUGUUUGUUGUUUUUUUGUUUUGUUUUAAGUCUCUUAUGCUCACCAAGGAUUUGUUUAUUUAAUU